AUGAGCUACUACAGCGGAUACUACGGAGGCCUGGGUUAUGGCUAUGGUGGCUUUGGAGGCCUGGGCUACGGCUAUGGAGGCUAUGGCUGUGGAUGUAAUAGCAUCCGCAGACUGGGCUAUGGCUGUGGUUGUGGAGGUUACGGAUAUGGCUCUGGCUUUGGAGGCUAUGGAUUUGGCUCUGGCUACGGAGGCUACGGCUAUGGCUGUUGUCGCCCUUCAUGCUGUGGUGGAUAUGGUUUCUCCAGAUUCUACUGA